GCGGUGGCUUUGGGCUCAGGCUCUGGACUCCAGCGCAGCAUCCUCGCUGCAGCCGCUACGGCUGGCUGCUGCACUUGGUCAGGUGACAUUCACCAUCACCGUUUUCUUCUUUCACGAACAUCAUCAUCACGACCAUCACCGUCAACAUUUCUUUUCCUCCAUCAGAACCCUUCAAGUUCUGCAAAGGCAGGCUCUGUUCAGGCAUGCAGUCUUGUUGCUGGAGAUGAUUGUCAGCUGCUUUCCCUGCCUAGCCACCAUCACAUGCCCUACCACCGGAGCCUGGGAAGCCUGACCACAGACCAGCAUCUCCAAGGCAUGAAUAAUUAGGUAGGCAUAAUGGAAGGCACUCACUGCACCCUCCAAUUGCGUAAGCCCAUUACUGAAGUCUGCUACAUCAGCUUCUAUCUUCCAAGGGGGGAAGUCAGAGGAUUUUCAUACAAGGGCACUGUAACUCUAGACAGAUCCAAUAAAGGGUUUCAUAACUGCUACCAAGUCAGGGAGGGGUCAGACGUCAUCAGCCUCAGCCUGCAGCCGAAUGAACAUCCAGGCGACAUAUUUUUCAAGCAAACUCCCACAAAAGACAUUUUAACUGAGCUGUACAAACUCACAGCAGAGAGGGAGAGACUUCUGGCCAAUCUGCUGAGCUCAGACCACAUCCUGGGGAUUAUGAUGGGGAGCCAGGAGGGGAAACUACCGGAGCUGUCCGUGAGCCUGGCCCCCGAGGACGACUGUUUCCAGAGUGUUGGUGACUGGCCGGGUGAGCCCCCCGUGGGCUGUCUCAAUAAGAGGAGCGCCCAUGGGAACAAAAAGCCCCGGAGGUUUGGUGGAAGGAGAGGAAGCUUUCAGGUGCUUCCACAGAAGAGGACAAGAAGAAAAGGGCGUGGGGGCCAGGAAUCGGCUCCUCAGAUGGGGAAGGACCAAAUCUAUUCCAGUAACUCCCUUCCUAUUUCUCGAACAAGGCAUAAUCUUUGGCUUCUAGAGGAGAAAGGCAACUUGCUCCCAAGUGGGGCGUUCACGUCUUCCGUACAGUGGAGAGGGAGCUGUCCCCCAGAGAUCCCCGGUGCACUGGAUGCCAGUGGGAGCUUCAGGAAGACUUCUGAGGGCACUGGGUUUGGAAGAGGAGGGCUGCCCCCUGACUGCAGCUCCACAGAGCCAGGAGAUGAUAGUGGUGCUAGAGUGCCAAAGAGGGGCCCACGCAGGCUGGCGCACCAGCAAACAGAUUUGUCUGAACGUCGUGAGGACCCUGAGCAACAUCCAGAGGCAGAAAAGGGCCGGAGGGAGAAGUCUGGUGAGCAUACAUGCGGGAAGAAGCCUAUUUCCAAAGUGGUGGCCAAAGUCCAGGACCUGUCCACUCAGGUGCAAAGAGUAGUUAAAACACAUCUUGAGAGUGAGGAAAGCGUUGCCAUUUGCCCAGCAGCCCAAGCUGAGUUUAUACCCAGAGCGGACUUGUUCACCCUCCCUGGAGCCGAGGCCGGGACUCAGGGUUGCAGGUGGCCGGGCACGGAGCAGCACGGAGACAGGUCAUUGCAGGCAUCGGACAGGGAACGUAUCCCAGCCAGCGCCGAAGGCGCUGUGAACAAGGUCCUGCUGAAGGUGAUAGAGAGUGAGAAGGUAGAUGAAGCCACCGAGGGGAAAAGGCUGGGCUUCCCCCUCAGCACGCCAGCCACCCACACCCUCCCAGAAACCAGAAGCAAGAGGAAAGCUGGGAUGCCUCUGAAGGGUCACAAAACCUUGUUUCUGGAUCCGCCCCCCAGUGUAGGCCCUGACUGGUCACAACCCGGAGGCGAUGAGAAGAGACCGUCCCCCCCAGCCCUGGCAGCCCUCAGCAUGCCGCUGAAUAAUUCAUCCUCUCAGUCCUGUGCAUACACACGGAUGUCACCUGUUCCCUCGCCUCCUUCUCCAAGGCUUCCCAGCCCUCGGCAGCAUCACAGGGUCCUCCAGCUCCCUCCGCUGCCUGGUGAGAGGGAAGCGGCUCCCGAUGACUCUCCUGGCAGAAAGAGCAGUACUUUCUCUGGGUCCUCCUCUGCUGACACCUUGGAGCCACCAACCUCUGCAAAGGUCACGGAGACCAAAGGAGCCAGCUCGACCUCCCUUGGAGCAGGCCAACCUCGCUUGGCGUCUGGGGAACCUUUGGAAAAGGGCUUGGGGCCCGGAAAGACCACAGCUCGGCCCCAGUACCAGUCACCUCCAGGCAUCUCCUCCGAGGGCUUCCCCCGGGACUGUUUCAAUGAGCAGACAGCAAGUAGAGACCUUCCCAACAGGGAUGGAAGUGCAUGGUUCCUGGGCUAUAGAGCAGGACCAGCCUGUCCAUUUCUGCUCCACGAGGAAAGGGAGAAGCCAAACAAAAGCGAACUGUACUUGGAUCUCCAUCCUGACCACAGCCCCACUGAGCAGGACGAUAGGACUCCCGGCAGACUCCAAGCUGUCUGGCCACCCCCAAAGACAAAAGACACAGAAGAAAAAGUGGGAUUGAAGUACACCGAAGCAGAAUACCAAGCUGCUAUUUUACACUUGAAGAGGGAACACAAAGAAGAAAUUGAAAACCUACAGGCUCAGUUUGAACUUCAGGCAUUUCAUAUCCGCGGGGAGCAUGCAGCAGUUACAGCAAGGCUAGAAGAAACCAUUGAAAAUCUCAAACAUGAGAUAGAACACCGGUGGCGAGGAGGAUGUGAGGAGAUGAGAGACGCGUGUGUCUCCACCGAUGACGACCACCCUCCAAAGACCUACAGAAAUGUGUGCAUCCAGACAGACAGAGAGACUUUCCUCAAACCCUGCGAAGGUGAAGGCAAGACCAUCAGAAGUAACCAGAUAAUACCCAAAAAGCUGAAUAUCUCCUCUUUAAGCCAGCUGUCUCCCCCAAAUGACAACAAAGACGUCCAUGUACCACUUCAGUCUGUGGAAGGCAUCUCACCACCUCAGCCAAAGGCAUCGCCUCCCCCUCCCGCCCCACCCCUUCCAGCAGCCAUCCCUCCCCCUCCCCCUCCCCCCCUCCCUCCGGGAGUUGCAGCUUUGCCACCCUUACCUCCACCCCCACCUGUAAGUGCCGGACCUCCUCCACCCCCACCGCCUCCUCUGCCUCCAAGUGCUGGACCUCCUCCCCCUCCCCCUCCGCCACCACUUCCCAACUCCCCUGCUCUGCCCAACAGUGGGGGGCCCCCUCCUGCUCCAACACCCCCAGGACUUGCACCCCCACCUCCUCCUGGACUCUUCUUCGGAGUUGGCCCUUCUUCUAGCCAAUGUCCUCGGAAGCCAGCCAUUGAGCCGAGUUGCCCCAUGAAGCCUUUAUACUGGACUAGAAUCCAAAUAAGUGAUAAAAGCCAAAAUGCUACACCAACCUUAUGGGAUUCCUUAGAAGAACCUGAUAUUCGGGAUACUAGUGAAUUUGAGUAUUUAUUCUCCAAAGACACAACUCAGCAGAAGAAAAAGCCUCUGUCAGAGACCUAUGAGAAAAAGAACAAGGUCAAAAAGAUCAUCAAGUUAUUGGAUGGAAAGCGAUCUCAAACUGUGGGAAUCUUGAUAUCUAGUUUGCAUUUAGAAAUGAAGGAUAUCCAGCAGGCCAUUUUCAAUGUGGAUGAUUCUGUGGUUGAUCUGGAGACCCUGGCAGCCUUAUAUGAAAAUAGAGCCCAGGAGGAUGAAUUGGUUAAAAUAAGAAAGUAUUACGAGACAUCCAAAGAGGAAGAACUGAAGUUGCUGGAUAAACCUGAACAAUUUUUACACGAGUUAGCCCAGAUACCUAAUUUUGCUGAACGGGCCCAGUGCAUAAUCUUCAGAUCUGUCUUUUCUGAAAGUAUCACCUCCUUGCACCGAAAGGUAGAGAUCAUCACAAGAGCUUCUAAGGGCUUGCUGCACAUGAAGAGUGUGAAGGAUAUUUUAGCACUCAUUCUGGCUUUUGGAAAUUACAUGAAUGGAGGAAAUAGAACUCGGGGACAAGCAGAUGGAUAUAGCUUAGAAAUUCUGCCAAAACUCAAGGACGUCAAAAGUCGGGAUAAUGGGAUUAAUCUGGUGGACUAUGUCGUGAAAUAUUACCUGCGUUACUAUGAUCAGGAAGCAGGAACAGAAAAGAGUAUUUUCCCUCUGCCUGAACCACAGGAUUUCUUUCUGGCUUCCCAAGUCAAGUUUGAAGACCUCAUAAAAGAUUUGCGAAAACUGAAGAGGCAACUAGAAGCAAGUGAGAAACAGAUGAUGGUGGUGUGCAGGGAGUCACCGAAGGAGUAUCUCCAGCCUUUCAAGGACAAACUAGAAGAGUUCUUCCAGAAAGCCAAAAAAGAGCAUAAAAUGGAAGAAAGUCAUUUGGAGAAUGCACAGAAAAGUUUUGAAACAACAGUAGGAUACUUUGGGAUGAAGCCAAAGUCCGGUGAGAAGGAGAUCACACCCAACUACGUGUUUAUGGUGUGGUAUGAGUUCUGCAGUGACUUCAAAACCAUUUGGAAGCGGGAGAGCAAAACCAUAUCUAAAGAAAGAUUGAAAAUGGCUCAGGAAUCCGUCAGCAAGUUGACGUCAGAAAAGAAAGUGGAGACGAAGAAAAUCAAUCCCACAGCUAGUCUGAAGGAAAGACUGCGUCAGAAGGAAGCCAGUGUGACCACCAACUAAUACAGAGACAUAUGAAAAUGACGGCAACGCGAUGUAUUUUCUUUCAUGGUCCUUUGCAACACCGGUGCUGCAGGAAGUUCUUGAAAGAUACGUCACCAAAUGUUCGUUUUGCUCAUCUCUUUCUGAGGUCAUUGCAGUGAGCACCCCGUGCCUUUUUAAGGAAGUCCCCUGUUAGGCCACAGGAACAAUGAGAAACUGUUUACAGGACCAUUGCAGGAAUAUUGAUUAUUGUCUCUUUAGAGGUCCAGAGUCACUCCAUUACAGGACCAGAAGAAAUACCAAGAUUUUCCAAGUAUCUUUAAAAGCAGUGAUUUCAAGCUUUCUAACCGAAGCUUGAUAUAUAUAAACUCGUGACAGAAGAGAAGGAUCUUUUAUGACAAUUGCUGUGCAAGAACUUAAGCCUUGAUCUUUGCAUACUGCUGCUUUGACAAUUGAUCUUAAUUUUCAUCCUGUUCCAGGAAGAUCCUGAAGCACCUUUCUCACCAAAAAUGUGGAGCUUACCAAAACUAUAUUUAAGAGGUCCAAGACUAUGUAUUUUCCAGAAGAGAGAAAUGGUUAUUUGUUUGUUGUUGUUGUUGUUGUUGUUGUUGAUAUUCAUAUAAUUGAAAGGAUAGAAGAUGGAAUUAUACAUGGGUGGAAAAGAAAUUAUGAUACAAGGAGUUGACAUCAGCUAUUAAGCAAGACCCAUUCUUUUGUUUUUAUAGAAGCUUGCUGUGGUUUCCUUGCCCAGCAGAAAUUCUGCACCCUAACUUCUGGAAAAAAUAGGGAUAACCAAGCCAGCACAGGCUUGGAGGUCAAAGUACCUGCUCGGGCAAGCGAUCCAGUAACAGCAGACUUGACAUUUCAGACUGUUCAUGAGUGGAUAA